GUUGUGUGUCAGUGUGCGCGCUGCACCGCAGCCUCGUCCUCACGGUUUGUAAAAUACCCCCCAAAAAAAUAGUUUUACAAGCUGGAAUAAAACAUGUCUUUUGCAAGAGCUCCUUUGAAAAGGUUCAACGAGAACGUGGGUUGUGCUCCUUCACCGGGGUCCUAUGAUGUCAAACCCGGGGAACUGAAGGGAGCAGCUUCCUUCGACAAAUCUGAUCGCUUCAGACUUGUAAAGGCAGCCGCUCUGCCUCUACCAUCCUCCUCCAGAAACGCCCUCAUGUCACCUGUCCGCAGGACGAUGUCGGUUGAUGGUCUUGUUGAAGGUUCAAGUGUAAAGAAGGAGAAGAAUGCCAUGACCAUGGAAAGGAAGCAGCAGAAACUCUUGGAGAAAGAGAUAAGGUGCCUGGUUCAGCAACGAGGGGAGCAGGACCGCCGCUUGGUGGGUCUAGAAGAGGAGCUGAAGAAGGUGGAGGCCAAGCUGCUGGCUGCAGUCAGGGAGAAGACGGGCUUUGUUGCCAAUGUUACCACCCUUGACAGACAGCUGGUAGAGCUCAAGAAAGUCAACGAGUUCUUAAAAAACAAGGUUUCUGCUGACACUACAAAAAAGAGAAUACAUUCUCUCACAAUGGACUUGAUGGAGGCCAGGAACACUUUGGAUGUUAAAAACAAGGAGUUAAAGGUCCUGCAGAUUAACACUGAAGGCCAAGUGAAAAUGCUAGAAACUGACCUGCGAGCUGCCAAGGCUACCGUCACUGCUCUAAAGGACAGGAAUAAAGACUUGGAGGACCUUCAUCAAGUUACCAAAACUCAGAAUGAUGAGCUGGAGAACGAGAAUGCUAGAUUGCAUGCUGUGAUACGGGACCUAAGGGAGGAGAUCAGAGUCGUAGAGGGAUACCUAGAUACAGCCAAUGAUCAGAUCCAGGAUCUCCGUUUGAAGCUCAGAGAGAAGACCCAGGAGAACACUGUUUCUGGUUCUCAGUUGGAGAAAGUAAAGCAAAUGGAGACUGACCUGGAGCAGCGCACUACUGAGCUUGAAACCAUCAAAGGUGUGUUGAGGCAAAAAGAAGAGGAGGCACUGAUAUUCCAGCAAGCACAGCAGGCCUCGAAGGAUGCUUUAUUGGAGAUGGAGAAGAAGUUGGAGAACCAAGAGCUGGAGCUUAAAUCUUCCCAGAUGUCAGCCAGUGACAUGGAGGAGCAAAUGGAGUUGGCCAACCAAAAAAUUCAGGAUUCUCAAGUAACAGUUCGACAGCAAGAGGCAGAGCUCGCUAGACUGAGGGAGGUGCUCAGAAGAACAGAGAAAGAGCUGGAUGAGAGAGUGGCACAUCUGGAACAGAGGUGUCUGUUCUCUGAGGAAGAGAGAAGCAAGACUCAGGAGGAGGGAAUGAGGAGAGUGGAGGAGCUUAAAACAGAGCUCCUCUUGCUAAAGGAAACUAAAAAAGAUGAUAAAAAUAAUCAGAUUCAGCUCCAGCAGGAACAUGCUGCUCUUACCGAAGAACUGACAAAAGAAAAGGCACUCGUGGACUCCCUGUCUGUGCUGGUGGAACAGGAGAGGGAGGAGGCAGAGGAGCGUCUGAGACACCUAAAGGAGGAGAUGGAGGAGGUGCUGGGAGAGCUCGCUGUCUUGGAGGACCAGGAGGUGAGGAGCCAGGAGGUGGCGGAGAGGAGUCAGGAGUCCCUCCAGAGGCUGCAGGAGGAAAACAACGAGCUGGAGAGACAGCUGAGUGAUACCAGGGCACUGUUGGAGAGUAAAAGCAAUGAUGUGGCCGCUUUGAAAGAGGAGCAUUUAUCUGCCAUGACAGAACUCAGAGAGGCACAUACAAACUCACUGAGCAAGAUGGGAGACAUUGUCACGGAACUGAAAAGCGCCAGAGAGGCUCUGCAGGGAGCAGAGAUAAGGCAAAAAGAACUGGAAGCGGAGAAGGACCGACUGACGCAACAGAUGAAGGAGGAGAAGGACAAAAUGCUUCAACAGAAAGAGGAGGAGGUCAACAGAUUGAAGGAGGGCUUAGAGGAGCACCAGGAGAGGCAGUUAUCUGAGGCAAAAGCCAGGGAGGAGAAUUCAAGAAAGUUGCUGGAGUUGCAGACUUGCCUUGCACAAAAAGAUGAGGAGAUAAAGGCCAUGGGGACGAGCCACGCUGCCCUGAUCAAUCAGCUACAGCAGGAGCUACAGCUGCAGACAAAAGACAGAGGAGAAGCACUGGGGCAACUAGAGGAACAGAGAAGUCUGCUCCAAAAUGAGAAUGAAAAAGCAGAGAAACUGCUAGAGGAGGUCAACCAGGAAAAAGGGGAAAUAAUAGAACAGCUCCAACAAGAAAGAGAAGAGAAAGCUAAAGUUCAGACAGCCCUUAAGGAGGAGAGGGGAGCAUUGGAGGUUGAAAGAGAAGACCUCCAGCAAGUCAGGUCAGAGGUGCUCAAAUUACAGGCCGAGCUUGAGAGAGUAGACGAGGAAAGGAAGAGUCUUGUGUCUCAAGUAGAACUCAUAGAGCAGUCCAGGCUUGCUCUUGAAAAUCAACUAAACAUGGCAGAGCAGGACAGAAAUCAGCAUUGCCUGGAUGAGGUUGAACAAGGGGUGAUCUUCCAGGCCCAAUUAGAACUUAUGGAGGAGAAAACAGAGACUCUGCAUCGGGAGUUGGAAGAAUUAAGACAGGAUGGACGGGCUCUGCAGGAGCAGGUGGAGGUACUGACUCAGGAAAAGGUUACACUGCAGUGGGAGUUGGAGGAGCAGCGGCAGGAACUUCAAAGACAAAUAAAUGAAGCACAGGAGAAAAGCUCCCGAGUUUCAGAGACAGAACACUGGAGGAACCAAUAUGAGGAGCUGUUUGCGAAAGUCAGGCCCUUCCAGGAACAGCUCAAUGCAUUUGCAGCCGAGCGAAAUGCACUACUCAAUGUAAAUGGAGUAAACCAGGAGGAGUUGAACAAGUUGUCCGAUGCCUACGCUCGUCUGCUGGGCCACCAGAACCAGAAGCAGAAGAUUAAACAUGUGAUGAAGCUAAAAGAUGAGAAUGUCACCCUAAAACAGGAGGUGUCUAAGCUUCGGUCCCAGGUGAGCCGGCAGAGGAGUGAUCUGGAGCAGCUGAAGUCGAAGCUCUCUGGUUCUCCUCGUCGCAGGUUUAAUCCCAGCAAGGCUUUCCAACACGACAAGGAGAACAGGCGAACUGAAACCCUUGAAGAAGGAAAUCAUUAUGCAUAAUGGAGCUCCUCUGCCAGACAAGAACUGAAAACUAAAUGAAAUUUAUUUGGUUUGGUCUUUUUAAUACUUAUCAACCUCUAAUUUGUGUCAAUCCUGUUAACCGGCUUCGUACUUGCUGCUGUUUUACAGCUUUUUGUUUCAUAGAGAGUGAUGAUGUAUGUAUCUGUUUGGAUUUUAAAAAGAAAUGUUAAGAGAUGACUGUAUAUGUGAGAAACUGAAAAUAAUGAGGAAAUGGAUGGUUGUGAGUCUACAAACAAUCCAGAGAACAAUAGCAAUCAGCAUUAGAAUAGGAGAUACUUUUAGCAAUUCCUAGGGAAGCAGAGCCAGCAGCUUCUUUUUAAAUCAUUCUUCUUGGUAAAUAAAGCUAGAUUUUUAAUACAC